CAGUGUAGUUAAUGAGUCUGAGCAGGGAAGGGGAGUGGAGUGGAGUGGAGGUGUAUGGGCUGAAGUUCACUCUCAAAGUGGGAGCGAGAAAGGGCCGGAGAGAAUUUGCCGAGGAGAUACACACCCUCCACCAAGAAUCAGGUAAAUCCCAGGAGCUGAAGCUGGCACCAUGCCGCAAGUUCAAGUCAAAUCUGAGAUUCCAAAAGUCCUCAAUAAAACCAUCCCUGGCCUGCAGAUAUGGAGAGUGGAGAACAUGGAGCUGGUGCCGUUCCCCUCCAAAACAUAUGGCCACUUCUAUGAGGGAGACAGCUAUUUGAUACUCUUUACACACAAGACUAGCAGCUCCUUCUCCUAUGACAUCCAUUACUGGCUGGGCAAGUCCACCUCCAAUGAUGAGCAGGGGACGGCGGCCAUCUACGCCGUCAUGAUGGACGAGCAUCUGGGAGGCGUGGCCGUGCAGCACCGGGAGACGCAGGGCUCCGAGAGUGCCACCUUCCGAGGAUAUUUCAAACAGGGCAUUAUCUACAAGAAGGGAGGUGUGGCGUCUGGGAUGAAGCAGGUUGAGACUAACACGUACAACAUCCGCCGACUGAUGCAUGUCAAGGGGAAGAAGCAUGUUGUGGCUGGAGAGGUGGACCUAAGUUGGAGCAGUUUCAACAAGGGUGACGUGUUCCUGCUGGACCUGGGUAGCCUGAUCAUCCAGUGGAAUGGACCGAAGAGCAACCACAUGGAGAGACUGAAGGCGGUGAACCUGGCCAAGGACAUCCGUGACCGAGAGAGAGGAGGCAGAGCACAGGUGACCGUGGUGGAGGGAGAGGACGAGAAAAGCUCCGAGGAGGCCAUGAAACUCAUGAAGGAGGUCCUGGGCGAGAGGAAGGACAUCAAAGACCCCAUACCCGACAAGGUGGUCGAGGAGAAACUCAAGUCCAGCAUCAAGCUCUUUCAUAUUUCAGAUGCACAGGGGAACCUGGUAGUUCAGGAGGUAGCUGUGAAACCCCUUACGCAAGACCUGCUAAGGCAUGAAGACUGCUAUCUAUUAGACCAAGGUGGAAUAAGGAUCUUCAUCUGGAAAGGGAAGAAGGCCUCUAAGUUAGAGAGGUCUGAGUCUCUGGAUAAAGCAGAGGCCUACAAGAAGGCAAAAGGCUACCCUCUCUCCACUUACGUUGAGACCGUGAAUGAUGGGGCUGAGUCUGCCCUAUUCAAGCAACUUUUCCAGAAAUGGACUGUGAAGAACCAGACCUCUGGGCUCGGGACAACACACGCUCCUGGGAAAAUUGCCAAGGUGGAACAGAUCAAAUUUGAUGCCACAUCCAUGCAUGCCAGACCUGACCUGGCUGCACAGCAAAAGAUGGUUGAUGAUGGAACCGGUGAAGCACAGGUAUGGAGGAUAGAGGAUAGUGAGCUGGUCCCAGUGGACAGAAAGUGGCUGGGGCACUUCUAUGGUGGAGACUGCUACCUCAUCCUCUACGAAUAUGAAGUCGGCAGCAAAAAGCACUACAUACUCUAUAUGUGGCAGGGCCGUCACGCCAGCACGGCAGAGAUGACCGCCUGUGCAUACCAGUCUGUGGCCCUGGACCAGCAGUAUAAUGGAGAACCUGUCCAGGUGCGAGUGCCCAUGGGGAAAGAACCUAUGCACCUCAUGGCCAUGUUCAAGGGCAGGAUGGUCGUGUAUGAGGAAGGAAGUUCCAGAGCAGAUUACGCUGACGUCCAGUCGGCUGUGCGGCUCUUCCACAUUCACGGCACCAACGAGUUCAACACCCGGGCCAUCGAGGUGCCGGCUCGCUGCUCCAGUCUCAACUCCAAUGACGUGUUUGUGCUCAAGACUGAGAACUGCUGUUACCUGUGGUACGGCAAGGGAUGCAGUGGGGAUGAGAGAGAGAUGGGAAAAUCCCUGGCAGACAUCAUCUCCAGAAGGGAAAAGCAUGUCAUUGCAGAGGGCCAGGAACCAGCUGACUUCUGGGUGAAUCUGGGAGGGAAGUCCCAGUAUGCCAGCAGCAAAAGACUACAGGAGCAGAGUGACAACAUCACCCCACGCCUCUUCGAGUGUUCCACCCAGACAGGCACAUUUGAGGCCACAGAGAUCACAAACUUUAACCAGGAUGACCUGGAUGAGGAGGACGUCAUGCUGCUAGAUAUCUGGGAUCAGGUAUACUUGUGGAUUGGGAAAGGUGCCAGUCAGAAGGAGAAGGAGGAGGCAGUCGUCACUGCCCAAGAGUACCUGCGCAGCCACCCGGCUGGACGUGAUGUGGACACUCCCAUCCUGGUGGUCAAGCAGGGCUUUGAGCCGCCCACCUUCACUGGCUGGUUCCAUGCCUGGGAUUCUCAUGAGUGGAGCGGUGGAAAGUCCUAUGACCAGCUGAAGUCAGAGCUGGGAGACGCAACUAACAUCAUCCAGAUCUCAAUGGAGAAGACCACGACCACAACCAACAGCACCAACAGCCCCAACAAAGGGAAAUCCCCUGGCAUGCUGACUCCUACCACGAGGCCUGAAUUUCCUGCAGACAAGCUGCUGCACCUCCAGCCUGAGGAGCUGCCUGAGGGGGUGGAUCCCACAAGAAAGGAGGAACACCUCUCAAAUGAAGACUUCGCUUUGAUCCUGGGGGUGACUCGUAUGGAUUUUUACUCCAUGCCCAUAUGGAAGCAGAAGAAUCUGAAGAAGGAAAAGGGCCUGUUUUAGAGAGUCACAGUUUGUCUCGCAUUGUGAUGAGCACUCCUCAACUGUAACAUAAUUUGGUCUUUCAGACCAGCUUGUAAUUGGAAUGACACUAUUUAUGUGCCUGCUCUAUAGCAGAAAUUAUUUUUUUCAUUUUUCACUUAAUUCAUUAUAAAAUUCCAAGUCAAGAUUUACAUUUAAAGGGAAACCUCGGGAGUUUUCAACCUUUUACUUAGGACAAAAAUGAUCUAAAUCGGUCCAGUAUUGAGUUUGAACACUAAAACCGGCAACCGCAAAAUGGCUAUUAGCCACUGACAGGCUCAUCAAUGUCAUUAUAAGGGAAAUAACCCCUACAGAGAUAGAGCAUCUGUUUAGCCCAAUAACUGUAAAGAAACUGCAGAAAAUGACUGUAUAGUCAGUGUUCGACCCGUCUUUUCUUCCAGGCUAUAUGUGUUGUAUUUGAUUUUUUGCUUCAUUAAAUAAGUUAAAAUCAAAAACAUCAGUAGAAAUGAAUUAGCCCUUGCAAAUACAACCUAUGAGUAACAUCUAGCCUACAGUCGUCCUUAUUUGGGAAGUGUUUUAUUUUGACAUGAAUAGUAGGCCUUUUUCUUUUUAAUGUUCUUUCUACUAAUGAUCACCUGC